AAUCAGCACCGUGAGCCUGUAGUCUUUGAGAAUUAGCAUGAACAGUGAAUAAAUACUUCUUCACCAGAACAGAUCGUUACACACUUUGUUGUUCCGUCUUGAGUAGUAAUGCCUGAACCAGCGAAAUCCGCACCUAAGAAGGGGUCCAAGAAGGCCGUUACUAAAACCGCCGUGAAGGGCGGUAAGAAGCGCAAGAGGUCCAGGAAGGAGAGUUAUGCCAUCUACGUCUACAAGGUCCUGAAGCAGGUUCAUCCUGACACCGGGAUUUCCUCUAAGGCCAUGGGGAUCAUGAACUCUUUCGUCAAUGAUAUUUUCGAGCGUAUCGCCGGUGAGUCCUCUCGUCUCGCUCACUACAACAAGCGCUCCACCAUCACGUCGAGAGAGAUCCAGACCGCCGUGCGUCUGCUGCUGCCCGGUGAACUUGCUAAACACGCCGUGUCUGAGGGAACAAAGGCCGUCACCAAGUACACCAGCUCCAAAUAAAGCUUCCAGCUUUUCAACACCCAAAGGCUCUUUUAAGAGCCACC